AUGGUCCACCAAACGCCGUUACACGUUACCUCCGCACCUCCCGCCGCACCAGUACCCUCACCCACGUCCUCCCCCUCGUCGUCUCGUCGAUCCCCCACCCGCUCAGCAACCUCCGCAGCCUCCUCCGGCGCGCCCACCUCCCCCACUUCCUCCACACGCCCCUCCGCGCUCAGCGCCUCGCUCGCGGACUCGCACCUCGCGGACGGCCCGCCCCCGCGCGCGUCCGCGAUGCUCCUCUACGACGUCUGCUACCUCGUGCACACCCAGGCCGUCGACGUCCCGCUCGCGCACGCUGGCGACGCGCUCGGCAACCUGCGGGCCGUCUGCUGCUCGCCGGAGCUCGGCCGGCGCGCGCACGCGACGCGGCCGCUCCUCCCGCCGCCGACGCCGCUCGACUUCGCGCAGCUGCUGCAGGCGACGGCGGCGACGCCCGCGCGGGCGCGGGCGCUGGCGCAUGGGACGAGCGGAAGGGAAUCCCAUCGUUGCAAAUGGUAG